AGGUGCCUCUGAAGCCAACUCAGGCAAGAAAGUAAGAUGGUCUUCUUGCCCUCUCCCAUGAGGCUUGCAGUGAUUGCAACGUUGCUCGGCUUGCAGUUAUUCUACCAGGCAUUCCAAGUUCGCUGCGACGUUGGCACCGCAAUGUCUUAUGGGCCCCCUUAUACUCCCACAAAGUGUGACGGCUACAGCCAAGGCCAGUUCCCUCCGAGCAACAUGUUUGCGGCGGUCUCUGGGGGCCUGUGGGAUAACGGUGCCGCCUGUGGAAGGACGUACAGAUUGAGAUGCCUGAGCGGAAUCAAUCGGCCUUGCAAGAAUGGAAACAUCGUGGUGGUGGUGGUGGAUGAGUGCCAGAUGAGCAAUCCGUGCCCUGCCAACCUCCUCCUGUCCAGAGAAGCUUUCGGAGCUGUUUCACGCUAUUCUGAUGGAAAGAUUAACGUUGAAUACACUCAGAUUUGAACGAGGAAGAGUUGCAAGAUCGCCGGUGGCAUGUAACCUUAAUUAAAGGAACGCUGGAAAUAUAUUGUUAUGUCGAAGAAACUAAAUCCUUUUUCUUUAUCGUGCAUAAAAGCGGCCAUAGUCCGCUGAUAAAAUGAUUGUAAUACCUGUACAUAAAUAAAGCAUAUAAAGGAAGUAAAAUUACCAA